CUCAGCCUCUCUUCCGCUGCCCUCCUCGUCCUCCCCCUUCUCAUUCCCCCGGCUGGACGAGAGUCCCGCCCUGCUGCAGCGCUUUUUCGUCUCUGGUUCGGGAUCGAGAGCUGCGAUCUUGUUUUCCAAGUCAUGUCAUUCCGGAAGGUCGUGCGCCAGAGCAAGUUCCGGCAUGUCUUUGGGCAACCUGUCAAGAACGACCAGUGCUACGAUGACAUCCGAGUGUCGCGGGUCACCUGGGACAGCACCUUUUGUGCUGUCAACCCCAAGUUUGUGGCUGUGAUUGUGGAAGCCAGUGGAGGGGGGGCCUUCAUGGUUCUCCCGCUGCAGAAGACUGGGCGUAUUGAUAAGUCUUAUCCUACAGUAUGUGGGCACACGGGACCAGUUUUGGACAUUGACUGGUGCCCACACAACGAUCACAUCAUCGCCAGUGGCUCUGAGGAUUGCACUGUUAUGGUGUGGGAGAUCCCAGAGAAUGGACUGACACUGCCUCUGACUGAGCCAGUGGUGGUUCUGGAAGGGCACUCAAAGCGCGUGGGCAUCAUUACUUGGCACCCAACUGCCCGCAAUGUCCUUCUCAGUGCAGGCUGCGAUAAUGUGGUUAUCGUGUGGAACGUGGGUACAGCUGAAGAGCUUUACCGCCUUGACGAUCUGCACCCUGACCUCAUUUAUAAUGUGAGCUGGAACCGGGAUGGCAGCCUCUUUUGUUCUGCCUGUAAGGACAAGGCCGUGCGCAUCAUUGACCCUCGCCGUGGGCAAGUUGUGGCGGAGAAGGAGAGAGCCCACGAGGGGGCACGCCCCAUGCGGGCCAUUUUCCUGGCUGAUGGGAAGAUCUUCACGACGGGGUUCAGUCGCAUGAGCGAGCGGCAGCUGGCGCUCUGGGACCUGGAGAGCCUGGAGGAGCCCAUGGCAUUGCAGGAGCUGGACUCGAGCAACGGGGCCCUUCUGCCCUUCUACGACCCCGACACCAACGUGGUUUAUGUCUGCGGCAAGGGAGACUCAAGCAUCCGGUAUUUUGAGAUCACAGCAGAAGCACCUUACAUCCACUUCCUGAACACCUUCACUAGCAAGGAACCUCAGCGCGGCAUGGGGUGGAUGCCCAAGCGGGGCCUGGAUGUCAACAAGUGUGAGAUCGCCAGGUUUUACAAACUCCAUGAGCGCAAGUGUGAACCCAUCAUCAUGACAGUGCCAAGGAAGUCCGAUCUGUUCCAAGAUGACCUGUAUCCGGACACAGCCGGGCCAGAAGCCGCCAUGGAAGCCGAGGAAUGGGUGGCGGGGAAGACAGCACCGCCCAUCCUGAUCUCGCUGCGGGAAGCCUACGUGCCCACAAAGCAACGGGACCUCAAGAUCAACCGAAGGAGCUUACUGCCCGAGAGCCGCCCCGCUGCCGUGCCCAGCACCGGGCUGAGUGCCACACACCCCAGUGCCAUGUCUCCGCCUGCUGCGACACCUGCCAUUAGCGUUGGCAUGGCUGGUGGGGAAGGCAGGUGGACUACUGAGGAGGUGCUGCACGAGGUGGCGUCGCUGCGUGCGCUCGUGGCUGCCCAGGGCGAGCGCAUCGCCCGGCUAGAGGAGCAGCUGAGCCGCCUGGAGAACGGCGAUGUCUAGGGGCCUGCUGUGGAGAACCCGUCACCCUGGAUCUUCCGACACACGUCACGGUUUCGGGCUGCCAGCAGUCCCUUUACACUGCCUCAUCCUGCCCUGUGGUGUGAGACUGGGAGUUGCCCUCUCUUGCUGCUACUUGGGAAGUUCUUUGGGUUUCGUCUUGGACCAAAUCUCCUGUUAAUCUUGCACCCCAUAUUAUUUCGGGGGCAAAGUGCUGGUCUCCCUGCACCUGCCCCUGUGCCUUACUCUGGUCAGAGCCCCUGCCCACUGUUUCAUUCCCGUGGCUGGUUGGCCCGUGUGCCACACCACUCGGACGGGUGGCCCGGGGAGAAGCCUGGGCUUGCCUUUCCGUCUCUCCUGCAGGGUGGGCUUGGCCAUCUGCAGCUGCUGCUUCCUGUGCUUCAGUGCUGGGAGUCGCCCGGCCUCUUCUUCCCUGCUGCCCCCUUUUCCUUGCUAGGACCACUGAGAUCCUGUUGUGGAUUCUUCUGCUUCCUUGCCUGAACUUAUUUUAUUUUUGAAAGUCACCGUGGAGAUGAGCAGCGGGGCCAGACUGUGAAAGGACCUGUCAUCCCGUCAGCCCCAAGGCUGCUGUCUCUGGGAGCGUCUUCCCUCCAGCCCUCAAAAGCAAAGCAGGUUCUGACGAAAUAAAGGAGGGCAGGAAGAGGGGAAGGAAACGGUUCAGGGUCAAUAUCUAUAUUUUCAUUCCAAAUAAAGAUCUUUAUAAAGCCACA